AUGGUCAAGAUUAUUCUUACUUUCACUGCACUGUCCAUGGCACUCUCCAUGGUCAUGGGCCACGGUGUCCACGGACUCGAGAAGCGUGCUACGGCCACCUGCAGCACCGUGUACAAGCCCGUGGCUGCAGGUGCUUACCCAGCCCUGGACUGCACACCUUUCGUCCAGGAUCCUCAGGUCCAGACUUGGCUUAAGUUGGUCGACUUCACAAAAACACCUGUCUAUCCUCCUUCGAAGGAUGGUGUUUGUCCGACGGACUUGACUACCAUCCCCAAGGACCAAUGCUGGUGGACUUGCCAGAAGUGCGAGGCUCCUGGAGACAUCACCAGCUGCCCCAAGACCGGUACCUGGGGGCUAACCUACGACGAAAUACUGUGGACUUUGGUCAUCUGCACCCACGCCUCUCGCAAAAAUAGCGCACGCGUUCAUUUCGGACCUCCAAAAUUCGCAACCAACAAUCCCCAGGUUCUUAGCACGACAAAACAGUAUGCCCUCUCACACAGUUCUCUUCUUGAUGCCUGUUUACCCUGCUUAGAUGGUCCCUCGCCUGACUCGCCUCGUCUGUACGAUAACCUACUGGCCCAUAAGCAAAAGGCGACGCUCUUCAUCGUCGGAUCGCGUGCUAUCAGCUUCCCUGCGACCUUGAAGCGUGCCUAUGCUGAUGGUCAUCAGAUUGCCAUUCACACCUGGUCCCAUCCUUCGAUGACCAGCUUGACUAACCAGCAGAUCGUUGCAGAGCUCAAGUGGACGGAGAAGGCCAUCUUUGAUACCAUCGGUGUCACGCCCCUGUACUGGCGUCCUCCUUAUGGUGACGUUGACAACCGCGUCCGUAACAUUGCUACUCAGCUCGGUUACAAGACCUCGAUCUGGACCCAGGACUUUGACACCGACGACUGGAACAUUCCUGGAGGAACUGCCACUGCUCAGUCAGUUGUUGCUACCUUCCAGUCCUGGCUCGCCAAGAUUCCAACCAUGAGCACCGGAUUCAUUGUCCUCGAGCACGACUUGUUCCCUCAGGAAGUCGAUGUGUCCGUGAACGGUAUCUUGCCAAUUGCGUACGCAACCAAGAACUUGGUCAUGCAACCCAUCGCUCAGUGCUUGAGCGACGGUAAGCCCUACAAGGAGGGUGCCGGUACUUUCCAGUUGUUGCCCUCUAACAACGGCACCACCAGCAACUCUACCACCGGACCUACCGUCAUUAGCGGCAGCGGUGACAAGAGCAGCAAUGCUGCAGUCUCGAUCUCGGUCUCGAGCGGCGCCUCGGUCUUGAUGGCCGUCGCGGUCAUGACUGCCUUGUGCUAA